AUGAUGCUUCAAUAUAAAGCUAAUCGAACAAUGAAACGAUGGUCAGAAUGGAAAUUACAACAAUAUCUUUUCCAAUUUUGGCCUAUUUACAUAUUAGCUAUUAUAUUUGCAUUAAUCAGUGAUACGAUUGCUGAUAGUGAUUUAUCAGCAAAUCCUGGUGCAGCAACAAUUAUCACUGAUAAAAGUUCUUUUACAGUGUAUCGAUUGAAUCCAAAAACCAAGGAACAGACAGAAUUUCUUCAUGAAUUACUCGUAAAUAGUACUAAGAUAGACUUCUGGAAGGCACCACGAGUAGCCGGUGGUCAGGUACAUGUGAUGAUUCAAGGACAAAUGAAAGAUGAAUUUUUGCGCUCAAUGAAAAUGCGCAACAUUUCAUAUUCGGUUAUGAUCGACGAUGUUGAAAAGAAAAUAAGAAAAUUAAAAGAAACAGCCAAAAGGUCACAUAAUUACAAUCGAUUACGAGAUGAUUCGUCUCCAUCACGUCGAGUUUAUUUCAAUUUAGCACAAUAUCAUUCAUAUAAUGAAAUGAUCGAUUAUUUAAAUCAGUUAAAUGCUGCAUAUCCGGAUCGAACCGAAGUGACAAAUAUUGGUGUUACACAUGAAGGACGACCGAUCAAAUUAAUUAAGAUUGGCAAACCAAGACAGUUCCGGAAAGCCGGAAUUUGGAUAGAUGGUGGCAUACACGCACGUGAAUGGGUUUCACCAGCUACUGUAUUAUAUAUAAUUGAUCAACUAGUAACAAAAUAUGAUGUAAAUCUGCAAAUUCGACGUCUUGUUGAUGAUAUGGAUUGGUUUAUUGUUCCAUUGCUUAAUCCUGAUGGAUAUGAAUAUACUCGAAGUAGCACUAAUCCAGAAGUUCGACUUUGGCGCAAAAAUCGUUCACCGAUUACUUGCCGUAUUGCACAAAAUGGAAUUUUUUCACAACCUCAACAGGAAUGUUGUCAGGGUGUUGAUUUAAAUCGAAAUUAUGAUUGGCAUUAUGGUAUGGAAGGAUCAUCUAAUGAUCCGUGUUCAGAAAUUUAUCAAGGUCCAUCUGCGUUCAGCGAACCCGAAACACGAGCAGUUCAUCGAUUUAUUGCUAAACGACGUGAUACUAUCAAAACAUUUUUAACAUUUCAUAGUUAUUCACAAAUUUUAAUGUAUCCAUUUGGACAUCGUGAACAAACAUAUACGUCGGAUGUUGAUGAUUUAAAAAGUACAGCAAUGCAAGCAGCAAAUGCGUUACGUGCUGCAUACGGUACACAAUAUACGGUUGGUACUGGUGCUGAUACAUUAUAUCCUGCAUCAGGUGGAGCUGAAGAUUGGGCAAAAGGUCGAAUGGGAAUAAAAUAUUCAUAUUUAUUUGAGCUACGUCCAGAUGGUCAAGUUUGGGAUGGUUUUUUACUAGAUGAAAGUCAGAUAUUACCAACAGCACGUGAAACAUUUGAAGCUGUAAAAGUGAUUGCUGAUCGUACGUCUGCUAUGUUUACACCAAAAAGUUUGCCAAAUAUAGCAAUGAAUAAUUCAAAAGGAUUGGCAUGUGUUGACAAUGAACCAUUUUGCGCUUUUUGGGCUCAACACGGUUAUUGCGCUAAUUGGGAAAUUAUGCGAAGAAUUUGCGCACGUUCAUGUGGCUUUUGCGGUAGAAAAAUUAACGCUGCUACGUAA